AUGCUCCUCCUGCGCGAGCCAUAUCUACGCAUGUACCUCAACCACCAAAACAGAAUCAUGGUGGAUGGUGAGGCGUUCGAUGCGCAGGUGCGCAGGCGAGCAAAGAAUGUGGAAGCACUGCUUGGGCAAUCGGUCGAGGAGAGACUGGAAGACAACACAGCAUGUGACCACUGCCAAAGGGAGAAAAUCCGCUGCAGUUUCAGCAAGCAGUGUGAAAAACGGAAGGAAGACGAGGAAAAUCUUGAGCUGGACGACAUUGAAAUCCUUAAACGUGCUAGUACCAUUUUGCAACAUAGUAUCGGAAGGUCAAAGGAUCCGAGGAAAGUCAAGAAAACAAAGGCCGCCAUGAAGUACCUUAAGCAGCAAAAUUCAAGGCAAAUGAUCGACACGUUUAACACGUUUAACACCGCGUCUAUCAGCUAA